UCAAUCGAUAAUGUUGAUAAAUUUCCAUUCAAUAUUGUUGAACAAUCAGCAUGGAAACGUCCAUUAAAAUGGUCAAAUAUAAUUAUAUUAUCAAUUUUACAUAUUGGUGCUAUUGUUGGUUAUGUGAAUAUUUGUAUAACGGUUAUUCAUUUGGAAACGGUUUUGUUUGCAAUGUUUAUUGGUGCCCUAUCUGGUAUUGCUGCAUCAGCCGGUGCACAUCGUUUAUGGGCACAUCGAUCAUAUAAAGCACGGUGGCCAUUGAAAUUAUGGUUUCUAAUAUUUCAGGCAAUCACUAUGAAUGGAAGUGCUUUGACCUAUGCUCGUGAUCAUCGAACACAUCAUAAAUAUUCUGAUACCGAAGGUGAUCCAAAGAAUCCCACUCGUGGCCUGUUUUAUUCUCAUAUUGGUUGGUGGUUGGUUAAAAAAACCGAAUCAGUCAAGCAAGCAGGUCGAAAACUUGAUUUUUCUGAUCUCUAUAAAGACAAAUUACUUUAUUUUCAGCACAAAUGUUACAUUCCCAUUUUCAUUGUGUUUGGUAUUAUCCUUCCGACCGUUAUUCCAGUCAUUUUAUGGAAUGAAGAUCCAUGGAUAGCUUUUAGUAUUUGUGUCGUCCUACGUGUUUUUGUUGUUUUGCAUCAUCUUUUCACUGUCAAUUCCCUUGCUCAUUAUUUUGGUUAUCGACCAUAUGAUUUUCGGAUUAGACCUACUGAUCAUCGUAUUGUUAAUUAUAUUUCAUUCGGUGAAGGUCUACAUAAUUAUCAUCAUGUAUUUCCAUUUGAUUAUCGUAUCAAUGAUCGACCACAAUGGGAAUUAUUUAAUCCACCUGUUAGUUGUAUUCGAAUAUGUUCAUUAAUUGGUUUGGCAUAUGAUUUGAAAAUUGCUUCACCUGAAGUAGUCAAAGGAACUGUUGCCCGAAAAGGUUGUCAAGCAUUAUAUGAUUCAAUUCGAAGUAUGAAAUUCCGUAUUGUAAAUGCAAUAUUCGAUUGGAUAAUUGGAAUAUCAAUAGCAUUAUGGAUUAUUUAUCCGGCAUUAUUUUAUAAAUUAUUCACACAACCUAAUAUCAUGAAAAUUUUAAAUGAUAUUAAUCAAAACUUAAAUUCUUACGAUGAUUCUUUUGAAUCAUUUGAUACAGAAAAAUUGAAAACAUCAAUCGAUAAUGAUGAUGAUUUUCAAUUUAAUGUUGAACCAUCAGCAUGGAAACGUCCAUUAAAAUGGUCAAAUGUAAUCAUAUUGUCCAUUUUACAUAUUGCUGCUAUUGUUUGUUAUGUUGCCGUUUCUAUAACACUUUUUCAUUUGAAAACUGUUGUGUUUUCAGUGGUUAUUGGUGCCAUGUCCGGUAUUGCUACAUCAGCCGGCGCACAUCGUUUAUGGUCACAUCGAUCAUAUAAAGCACGAUGGCCAUUGAAAUUAUGGUUUCUAAUAUUUCAGGCAAUCACUAUGAAUGGAAGUGCUUUGACCUAUGCUCGGGAUCAUCGAACACAUCAUAAAUAUUCUGAUACUGAAGGUGAUCCAAAGAAUCCAACACGUGGCCUGUUUUAUUCUCAUAUUGGUUGGUGGUUGGUGAAAAAAACCGAUUCAGUCAAGCAAGCUGGUCGAAAACUUGAUUUUUCUGAUCUUUAUGAAGACAAAUUGGUUUAUUUCCAGCACAAAUAUUACAUUCCCAUUUUCAUUGUGUUUGGUGUUAUUAUUCCAACUAUUAUUCCUGUUAUAUUUUGGAGUCCAUGGAUUGCUUUUAGCGUCUGUGUUGUUCUUCGCAUAUUCCUAGUUUUGCAUCACCUGUUCACAGUAAAUUCCCUUGCUCAUUAUUUUGGUUAUCGACCAUAUGAUUUUCGAAUAAGACCGACUGAUCAUCGUAUUGUUAAUUAUAUUUCAAUGGACGAAGGUAUACAUAAUUAUCAUCAUGUAUUUCCAUUCGAUUAUCGUAUUAAUGAUCGACCACAAUGGGAAUUAUUUAAUCCACUUGCAAAUUUCAUACAUCUUUGUUCACGAAUUGAUUUGGCAUAUGAUUUAAGAAUUGCUUCACCCGAAGUAGUCAAAGGAACUGUUGCUCGAAAAGGAAUUCAAGCAUUAUAUGAUCCUAUUCGAAGUCGAAAAUUUCUUAUUGUAAAUGCUAUAUUUGAUUGGAUUAUUGGAUCUUUAACAGCAUUUUGGAUUAUUUAUCCAGGAUUAUUUUUUAAAUUAGCAACACAACGUGUUCUUUAUAUUUAA